UGACAGGUAGUGACAUGGAAGAUUGAAUCUUACAAAAUAAUAUCAAAUAUUUAUGCUAAAAAAUAUAUAAGUUUGUGCACAAAAUAUAUCCCUCGACAAAGAUUUAACCAUGGCCAAUUAUAACAAUCAAAAUGACUUCUCAUGGCAGGCGCAAAAUAACAGUCAAAACUACUCAUUUAAUUCCUCCAAUACUUUCGCCGAUCCAGCACAGACGUUGGAUUUUCAAACAUUUCCAACUGAUCAAAAUUACUCCUUCGAUCAAACUCCAGGGGCUAUGACUGCGAACAACAAUCAGUACUACAAUGCAAACAUAUUUACGCCAGCGCCCGUUGCUGGCGAACCUAUGACCGAAACAAAUGACUUUGACGAACCACCCCUAUUAGAUGAGCUUGAAAUAUACCCAGAUAGAAUAUUAGAGAAAACUUUGGCUGUACUCAAUCCAUUCCAUGGUCAAUCAAAAGCUGAUGAUGCAAACUUUUUAUUGAGAGAUACUGAUAUUGCAGGACCAAUAGCAUUCUGUUUAGCAUUGGCUGUAUGCCUGUUUCUCUCAGGCAAUAAAGCCCACUUUGGAUAUGUGUAUGGCCUUUCUGUAAUGUCAGUAAUUUUGAUGUAUUGUUUGCUGUCACUGAUGAGCCGCACUGAGGGUGUGUUUACUGUAUUGAGUGUUGCCAGUGUUCUUGGCUAUUGUAUGUUACCCAUGGUUGUGUUAGCUGGGCUUGGUAUUUUCAUCUCUCUUGAAGGAUCUUGGGGAAUGAGUUUAUCAGCUAUUGCUGUUAUCUGGUCGGCUCUCUCUGCUAGUAGACUGUUUGUUACUAUGUCUGGUGACGCUGAACAAAGACCACUCAUUGCCUAUCCUUGUGCCUUAGUUAAUGGUGUAUUUGCUCUGUUAGUACUAUUUUGAGUACAAAAUAGGCAGUAAACAAAAAAAACAUAUUAAAAGUUUUAAACACAUUUGUAUUCAAUUGUUAUUAACAUAUUAAAAUAUAUAAAAAUACCAUGCUGAUAAUUAAUUUCCAUCUCAGUUAUAAUAAAUAGUAGGUUACUUAAUUGUGCAAGUCAAGUGUUUUUUUAGUUAAGGUAAGUAUAUAAUAUUUUAAUGAUAAAAAUGUUUGGCAAUAUGCUGCAUUGGUAAUUUUACAGCCAAAUAAAACAUGUUCUUUUCGCAGAUUUUUAUACAGAAAUAAGAUCAUAACUUGUACAUUAUUGCAAAUAAAACUAAACUAAAAUAAA